AUUUCCUCUCUAAUCUCUCUCUCUCUCUCAGUUUCCGACUCCGAUGAUGCUCGGUGGAUUCGGUGGAAAGUCCUCUACCGGUAGCCGUACAAGCCUCAGAGUCGCCGUCGCUGGCGACAAAGGAACCGGUAAAUCUAGCCUGAUCUCUGCCGUCGCCUCCGCAACUUUCCCGGAUAAUGUCCCUCGCGUCCUUCCUCCGAUUACUCUCCCCGCCGACGCUUUCCCUGACUAUAUACCUAUCACCAUUGUCGAUACUCCCUCAAGUAUUGACAAUAGGAUUAAGCUCAUUGAAGAAUUCAGGAAGGCUGAUGUGGUCAUUCUCACCUAUGCAUGUGAUCAGCCUGCAACUCUUGAUCGCUUAAAAUCUUAUUGGCUCCCUGAGCUCCGGCGUUUAGAGAUCAAAGCACCAGUAAUUGUGGUGGGCUGCAAGCUUGAUUUACGGGAUGAACGAUCUCCCGCGAGACUAGAGGAUAUCAUGGCACCAAUCAUGAAGGAGUACAGAGAGAUAGAAACUUGUAUAGAGUGUUCUGCAUUGACCCUUAUACAGGCCCCUGAUGUUUUCUAUUUUGCAUCAAAAGCGGUCCUUCACCCAACAUUUCCGUUGUUUGAUCAAGAAAAACAAUGUUUGAAACCUCGCCUCCGCAGGGCAGUACAAAGGAUAUUCAACCUCUUUGAUCAUGAUUUGGAUGGUGCCCUUAAUGACGCAGAGUUGAAUGAUUUUCAGGUAAAUUGUUUUGGUGCCCCACUUGACCCUGUUGAACUUAUGGGAGUUAAGAAUGUGGUACAAGAAAGGCAACCAGAUGGAGUAACUGAUCUUGGUCUUACACUUCCGGGUUUCCUUUUUCUUUUUUCUCUAUUCAUCGAGAGAGGUCGCCCUGAGACAGCAUGGGCUAUCCUACGGAAAUGUGGUUACAAUGAUUCUUUAGAACUCAGCGCCGAGUUACUACCCGUUCCAGCAAAGCAGUCUCCUGAUCAGAGCAUCGAGCUAACAAACGAAGCCAUGGACUUUCUCAGUGGAAUCUUCCAGUUAUAUGACCUUGAUAAUGAUGGAGCGUUACAGCCAGCUGAGCUAGAUGAUUUGUUUCAAACAGCUCCAGAUAGUCCUUGGCUUGAGGCUCCUUACAAAGAUGCUGCAGAGAAAACGCCAGGCGGAAGUUUGACAAUCAAUGGGUUUCUGUCUGAGUGGGCUCUAAUGACUCUUCUAGAUCCUCGAAAAAGUUUGGCAAACCUGAUAUAUAUCGGUUAUGGUCACGACCCAGCUUCAACAUUUUCUGUUACUAGGAAAAGAUCAGUGGAUCGUAAGAAGCAGCGAACAGAAAGGAAUGUGUUUCAGUGCUUUGUAUUUGGUCCUAAAAAAUCUGGAAAGUCUGCACUCCUCGAUUCUUUCUUAGGAAGGAAAUUUUCGAACAGCUAUAAGGCAACAACAGUUGAACGAUAUGCAGCAAAUGUCAUUGAUCAGCCUGGGGGUUCUAAGAAAACCCUCAUAUUGCGGGAGAUACCAGAGGACAGAGUUAAAAAGUUUCUGACAAAUAAGGAAUCGUUGGCAGCAUGUGAUGUUGCUGUGGUUGUCUAUGACAGUUCGGACGUAUACUCAUGGAAAAAGGCGAGGGAAAUACUGAUGGAGUUAGCAAGGAGGGGAGAAGAGAGCGGUUAUGGGACCCCUUGUCUUCUUGUUGCGGCCAAAGAUGAUCUGGAUCCAUAUCCAAUGUCAGUGCAAGAGUCUGAUAGGGUUUGCAUGGAAUUGGGGAUAGACAUCCCUGUGUCAUUAAGCAUGAAACUUGGGGAGCCAAAUAGUCUCUUCUCAAGAAUCGUGAGUACAGCAGAGAACCCUCACUUGAGCAUUCCAGAGACAGAGUCAGGAAGAAGAAGCAAGAAUAUUCGCCAACUUGUGAAUAGCUCACUUCUAUUUGUCUCAGUGGGUACAGCUGUUGGGUUUGCUGGAUUGGCAGCUUACCGUGCUUAUUCCGCAAGGAAGAAUACCUGAAGAUUUGCUCCCACCGAAUAAAUACUUGAUGUUUUUCUUUAGCGACUCAUCUCUUUGUAUAGAAUAAAGGUAAACUCUCGUA